UGUACCAUUCUGACGUUUUGUUAACUCGUAGAAACGUCAGUUCGUUUAUUGUUAUUUAAUGCAUGCUCGUGUAAAGAACGUCGUCGUUUAACAUUGUUCGUAAAAGCUAACGUUAACGCGAACGUAUGGAAAUUAUUUCGGCCUGUGGACGGAGCGAGUGAAUCGACUGAGCAACCGUGACGUUUCGAUUACUGGAAGGAGAAUCGGCCAUUAGUGGGAAAGUCUACAUCGUUUCUCUGACCGUGACUGACUGCACAUAUAUAUAUAUAUGUAUAUGCACGUGUAUAUUCGCCACGUAUGUAGAUAUUCCAAUUUCAUUGAUAUGGAGGUAAAUUGCGCGCAGCUUGAGCAUCGAUUGUUUUCAAGCAAACGUUAAGAAAAGCAAAGGCAACAUUUUCAGAGGGAAAUCGUCGAAUGACCUUGCUUGUAUCAUGGUCAACAGAUUGUUGGACCUUCUAACGCGAUGUGUCAGACGGUCGUGUCUUUAAAUUAAUGUUUUUCUCAUCCAUUCGCGGUAAACAAUUUCUACAAAAUUUUGUUCAUUGGCGGAUUUUUUACACGUCUUACGAUAAAACCGAGUAAAUUAUGAAUGAUAACGAUAACAAACUCUUAAUGCGCUAGCGUCCGUUUAGAAGGUGUUAAAUAAAACAAUUUUAUCAAUUAUCGUAUUAUUUUGAUACCGUACUGGAACAAUUUAAGGAUCAAAGAUGAGUUGCGUUCGUUGUUGUUUAAUUAGCGCUGGUCGCAUAGCAUCCUCCAAUCAUGUAGCGAAUCAUGUUCACAAAAUUGUGAGAGUAGCAGUGAUCAGAUCCUUGACGAUCGGUAGUACUUUAGGAAAAGCACCUACCGAAACUACGCCGCCUGGCAAGGACAGUAGCAGCGGAGUCUCCUCUAUCGGUAGCGACGGAGGAAAGAAAAGCACUCUUACCUGUCCAAAGUGUGGAGACCCUUGUACACACGUAGAAACCUUUGUGUCAUCAACGAGGUUUGUAAAAUGCGAAAAAUGCCACCAUUUUUUCGUCGUUCUGUCAGAGAUAGAUUCAAAGAGAAGUCUCAACGAAGCGUUGAGACCCGACGACACGAAACAAGGUUUCUAUAGAAAACCACCACCUCCGCCAAAGAAGAUAUUUGAAUACCUAAACAAACACGUUGUGGGACAAGAGUAUGCUAAAAAAGUUUUGAGCGUUGCUGUUUAUAAUCACUAUAAACGGAUCUACAAUAACUUACCAGUGCAGAAUUCAACGCAAGGAUCUACUAAUUCAGCCGGUACACAAGAUCUGAAUCAUCCCUUCAUUCACAGAGGUCUUAAACCACAUUUGUUACAUAUAUCGUCAAUCGGAAAUUCACUCGGGGUUGGAUUUCAACAAUUUCCUAAUGGAAACGAACAAAAAACGGCUGGUAAUCAAUCUGUUCCUGGAUCUGAUAUUCUGGAUAGUAAACAACAUCAAUUGAAAUUAGAGAAAAGUAACAUUUUGUUACUCGGUCCAACCGGUAGCGGGAAAACGUUGCUAGCGCAGACGAUAGCCCAAUGCUUAGACGUGCCAUUUGCGAUCUGCGACUGCACGACACUGACGCAAGCAGGUUACGUUGGCGAAGAUAUAGAAAGCGUGAUCGCGAAACUUUUGCAAGAUGCCAACUACGUAGUGGAUAAAGCACAAAUGGGUAUCGUAUUCUUAGACGAAGUUGAUAAAAUCGGCGCCGUACCUGGUAUACAUCAAUUAAGAGACGUUGGCGGAGAAGGUGUUCAGCAAGGGAUGUUAAAAAUGUUGGAGGGUACGAUUGUCAACGUACCCGAAAGAAAUAGUUCGCGAAAGUUACGCGGAGAUACCUUGCAAGUUGACACUACAAAUAUUUUAUUUGUUGCUUCCGGUGCUUAUAACGGAUUAGAUAGGUUGAUCUCGCGACGAAAAACUGAAAAGUAUCUUGGUUUCGGCGCGAUACCAUCUUCCGAGAAUCCGGGAAGAAGAGCUGCGAGUUUAGCAGAUGUCGCAAAUAUGUCACCUUCUACCGAAAAGGAUAACAAAGAGAAAGAUUUUUUGCUACAGCAAGUCGAAGCAAGAGACUUGAUUGAUUUCGGUAUGAUUCCCGAAUUUGUCGGUAGAUUUCCUGUUCUCGUACCAUUUCACACUCUCGACAGGGAUAUGCUGGUCCGAAUUUUGACCGAACCUCAAAAUGCUAUGGUGCCGCAAUAUCAAAUGUUGUUUUCAAUGGACAAGGUAGAAUUAACAUUUACCGCGGAUGCUUUAAACGCGAUAGCUGCAUUAGCGAUGGAAAAGAAAACGGGUGCGAGAGGACUUCGAGCGAUUAUGGAGUCGUUACUAUUGGAACCCAUGUUCGAUGUGCCGGGUAGCGAUGUAAUGUCCGUCCACGUAACCGAAGGUUGCGUACGAGGACAAGAGAAACCGCAAUACGUGAAAAGAGGUGAUGCUACCGAGGACGAGCUGCAGGCUCAACAUAUACAUAAUUAACAAAUAAUUAAUCGAAAGACAUGCCGCACAUCUGAUAACCUUUCCUCUUCAACCAGACACCUUAGGAAACUACAUUCGCGGAAAUAUUUUGUGAUAAAAACUGACAUCAACGUAGACUAGGAGUAAACAAAAUUUAUGUCAAACUAGGUGUAAUUUUUCAAAUUAUCUAUCAAAUCUUCUCCAUAAAAAUACGCGUAGGUACGUAUGACGAUCCGAUCAAAGCACCGGUACUUUUCCUAUUUUACGAACAAUUGAAAAUCGCGCAACCAGACAUCGUAAUCGUAAACUUUCUCUUUCUUGUCCUUGCUUCUCACUUUUUACGCAUAAAAUUAAUCAAAAAUUUUCGUAUGCUGUUCCUUAGGCUAGAUGUAUUUCGACUACAACGGGAACAUAAAAUUCAUAUUUUUGACCCUUAUGAAUACAACAUUUAUGCGUGCGUUCUGUACAUUAUAGCAUUAUACGUUAUAAUGCAUAAAAACAACAUUACUGAUAUUUGUACUCUAAUUCUUACAUAGCGUAUAAUGGGUAAUAUUAAAAAGUUUAAAAUCACCAAGGCAGCCUUAGUCCUAGACGCGUGUAAUCAUCCUAAUAUUUGAACGAAAUUACUUGACAGUUGAAACCAUCUUUCCAUCUAUCAAAAGUGACAAAACUUUGUAAAAUAAUUCAAAUUUCAAUGUUAAAUUAGUAUUUGAAUUUAGGAGAAGUAAUUUUUAGGAAAAUACAAACUUUUAUAAAUGAAACUUAGAAUUUGAAAAUGUAAGUACAUAUUGCGUUGAUAGGUAAAUCAAGAAUAUUUGUAACAUAUUGUACAUAUACAUGAUAGAUUAGCAAAAACGACGAAAUUAAAAGUUUAGAAACUACAUAUGCUUUGUAACGGUAACUUUAAACAGAAACACUCGUUAGCGAUAUAUAUAAUUUAUCCUGAU